CAAAACAAAGUAAUCCCAUCUUGACUGUUUCAUUUGGUUUUGAUUAUAGUCACAAUUACCUAGUUUUUGUUCAAGUCAAACAUUUUUGAUUACAUAUCCUCCAUGAUUUCAAGUGACAUUUCUGGUGUAUGAGUAAUCUAUGGCUUCAACUGAUUAUAAGGUUAGUAACCAUAUACAUGACGAUGUUGUCUUAUCUAUUCUGUCAAAAUUGCCUUUAAAAUCUCUCAAGCGAUUUACGUGUGUAUGCAAAUCUUGGAUUCAUUUAUUUGAAAAUCCUUAUUUUAUAACCAUGUUUUGCAACAAUCUCAUAUCAAGAUAUCAUUCCUUUUACGAUGAUACAUGUCUCCUCCUAAAGCAUACAUUUCCAGGUGAAGAUGAUUGCACAAUGUUUUUACUUUCUGGUGAGAGGUUCGAUAGUAAAUUGAAAUUAGAUUGGCCACAUCCAUUUCAAGAGAAUAGCACUAAUAUUGAGAUUUUGGGUUCUGGUAUUAAUGGUAUUCUUUGUCUUUACAAAGUGAAUCACACCCCAAUUGUAUUAUGGAAUCCAGCUACAGAGGAAUUUAAGGCCAUUCCUCCCAACCCCGUUGAGGAUCUAUGCAAUUUCACAACAUUGGUUACUCUUCAUGGAUUUGGUUACGACUAUAUCAGAGAUGACUAUAAGGUAAUUCGAAGUGUGGAUUUUAUUUCAACUCUCACUCACUCUGAACAUGAUACGACAAUGAGGCCACAACCUUUAUGGGAGAUAUAUAGCGUAAGAAUGAAUUGCUGGAUGAAACUUAAUGUUGAUAUGCCUCCUCGUUAUGUAAGUAAUGCAGGUGGUGAUGUAUACAUGAAUGGAGCGUGUCAUUGGUGGGGGGUGACAAAUAAUGAAAUGCAUUUGGUGUCAUUUGACUUGAGCAAUGAGUUUUUUCUUACAACCCCCUUGCCUGCAUAUGCAUAUGAUAGUUUUGAAUGGGUGGAAAAACACCUAGUUGUGUUAAAUAUGUCUAUUGCUAUGAUAUCAAAUUAUGCAACAACAGCUUCUUUUCAUAUAUCAGUUUUGGGUGAAUUCGGUGUCAAGGAAUCAUGGACCAAACUCUUUAUCAUUGGACCGUUACCUUGUUUGGAGCAUCCUAUCGGAGUAGGAAAAAGAGGGGAUAUAUUUUUCAAUAAAGAUGACAAUGAAUUAGUCUGUUUUGAUUUGAGUAAUGGGAAAAUUGAGAAGAUUGGUAUUAAAGGAAGGUUAUUUUGUUGUCAAAUGGUAAUUUAUAAAAAAUCAUAUUCCAACUGGAUGAAUAAAUAAUUAAUCAUUUUUGUAGCACAAGCUUUAAGUUUUCCCCAAGAGAUUUAUUUGUUCAAUUUUGAGGUUUUAC